AUGCUCACGCGCUUGGGCGUCGCCGUGCGCCCACGGCUGCCGCGCUCGGCCGCGAUCUCGACGGCGGCGGCCGCUGAGGUCGGCGGUGCCAUCGACUACGCCUCCUACCUCACUCGCCGCAGUCGGUCCCGCAGGCCUUCUGCGAUUCGCGCGCUGCAGCCGCUCGUGGCGAUGCCCGGCAUGAUCUCGCUUGGUGGCGGGAUGCCCAACCCGUCCACGUUUCCCUUCGCAAAGCUGACCGCCGAGCUCACGGAUGGGACGUCGGUGGAGCUGAGCGGAGCCUCUCUCGAGGCGGCGCUCCAGUACAGCCCGACGCAGGGCCUGCCCGCGCUCGUGGCGCACCUCGAGCGGCUGCAGGACGAUGAGCACGGCCGCGCGAGUGAGGACCGACAGCUCUGCGUCACGACGGGGAGCGCCGACGCGCUCUCCAAGGCGUUCGACGCCCUCCUGGUCGAGGGCGACGCGCUCCUCGUCGAGUCGCCCACGUACUCGGGCUCGCUCGCCUACCUGCAGCCGCUCGGCUGCCGGCUCGUCGGCGUGCCGUGCGACGGCGCCGGGCUGCAGCCGGCGGCGCUCGAGGCCGUGCUGGCCGGGUGGGACGAGGCCAGCGAAGGGGCUCGCCGGCCUCGCGUGCUCUACACGAUUCCGACCGGGCUCGCGGCCCCUUCUUUUUUGGGCCACGCGGCCAGGGCCCGUUCCAACCCGACGGGGGCGUCGCUCGACGCGGAGCGGAAGCGCGACUUGUACGCGGUCGCGCGGCGGUACGGCCUGAUCAUUCUGGAGGACGACCCGUACUACUGGCGCGCAACUCUGGCGUGGAUGGUGCUCUGGAGGCGCAGCGGUGGUUUUGGCGCCGCGCGCACGCCGUCGCUCCUCUCGAUGGACGUCGACGGGCGCGUGCUGCGCUUCGACUCGACGUCCAAGCUGCUCGCUUCGGGCGCCCGGGUCGGCUGGGCGACAGGCUAUACUAUUCACAGCUACACCUAUUCACAGCUAUACUAUUCACAGCCCGCGAGCAACCUGCACACGUGCGGCGUGGCGCAGGCGCUCGUCGCAGCGCUCUUCGACGUGUGGGCAGAGCGGCACGGCGGCGACGCGUCCGCCGGCUUCGCCUCGCACAUGGACGGCGUGGCCGACUUUUACAAGGAGCGGCGCGACGUCUUCAUCGACGCGGCGGAGCGCCACCUGGCCGGGCUCGCAGACUGGUCCGUCCCGACGGCGGGCAUGUUCUGCUGGAUGCGGCUGCGGGGCGUCGACGACUCGCACGCUCUCAUCUCGGCAAAGGCGCGCGACGCCAAGGUGCUGCUGGUGCCGGGGCAGUCCUUCAUGCCGUGCGGCUCUGCGUCGCCGUACGUGCGAGCGGCCUACUCGACGGCGUCGCCCGAGCAGAUCGACGAGGCGCUCCGGCGGCUCGCGGCGCUGCUCCGCGAUGCAGAGGGGGCGAGGAGCGACUAG